AUGCCCCUGCCCUCGGGCCCGGCGGGGAUGGAGCUGGAGCGGGCCCCGCGCCGGACGGUGCGGGAGCUGCGCUCCCUGUUCGAGGCCCGCUGUGCUGCCAACAGCCCCGGCCCCCCGUCUCUGGGCCCCGGGCGCGGGGCCCGGGGGCCGAGCGUCCCCCGGCCGACCGUGACGGCGGAGGAGUCCGGCCCGGGCCCGGGGCCCCCGGACGAGCUGCUCGGCCGCGGCGACCGGCGGACCCGGGGCCACGUCCGGCUGGAGGCCGCGCCCCCGCGGGACCCCCGACAGGCAAGAGCCCCUGGGCCCUGGCAGAAGAUUAGGACGAUGGUCAACCUACCGGUCAUCAGCCCCUUCAAGAAACGCCAGCCCUGGGUGCAGCUGGCCGGGCACACAGGGAGCUUCAAGGCGUCCGGGACCAGCGGGCUGAUCCUGAAACGCUGCUCGGAGCCGGAGCGCGACUGUCUGGCGCGGCUGAUGGAGGACGCCCUUCGGGGCUGCGUACCCGCCUUCCACGGGGUCGUGGAGCACGAGGGCGAGACCUACCUGGAGCUUCAGGACCUGCUGGCCGGCUUCGACGCGCCCUGCGUGCUGGACUGCAAGAUGGGGGUCAGGACCUACCUGGAGGAGGAGCUGAGCAAGGCUCGGGAGCGGCCCAAGCUACGCAAGGACAUGUACAAGAAGAUGGUGGCGGUGGACCCCGGGGCCCCGACGGCCCAAGAGCAUGCGCAGCACGCGGUCACCAAGCCCCGCUACAUGCAGUGGAGGGAGAGCAUCAGUUCCAGUACCACCCUGGGCUUCCGGAUCGAGGGCAUCAAGAAAGCCGACGGUUCCUGCAACACCGACUUUAAGACGACCAGGAGCUGGGAACAGGUGGAGCGGGUCUUCACCGAGUUUCUGGACGGGGACGCCGAGGUGCUGGAGCGAUACCUGAGCCGCCUGCGGCAGAUCCGGACCACGCUGGACGUGUCCGAGUUCUUCCGGAGACACGAGGUGAUUGGCAGCUCCCUGCUGUUCGUCCACGACCGGACCCGGCGCGCCGGCGUGUGGCUCAUCGACUUCGGCAAGACCACCCAACUGCCCGGCGGACAGACGCUGGACCACCGACGGCCCUGGGAGGAGGGCAACCGCGAGGACGGCUACCUGCUGGGGCUGGACAAUCUCAUCGGCAUCCUGGCCGGCUUGGCCAAGAGGUGAGGCCGGCCUCGCCCCCGCCGG